ACUGCCAAAGCGCCCUCGAAGGAGAUCGUUUUUGUUUAUGUAUUUAAUGCCAUGAAAAGGCGCAGUUCAAUCUACGGCUGCUUUUCCAUUUAACCUGAAGUCAUUGUUCUCGCAGUAAAAACACCUGGAGGUAAUUCUUCUGAUUCUCCAUCAGUACCUUUAAGUUUAAAAGGUCUAAAUACUUCACAUCUGGGUGGAAUACUAUUGCAUCCUGAUCUGGACCUUCAUGUAUCGAGUUAUGUGGUUCUGCUGCGUGUCGAUUGGGGCUGUUACAACUAUGGUUAUAAUAGUAAGCUUGUGGGAGAAAUUCCAAACGAACCCAACAAUAACGGGUUUGGAUACCGAUUUUCACAACUGGGAUUUGGCGUUCCCAGCAGUUACGUUAUGUCAAAGUGUGCCCAGUAGUAAGGAAAACAUCCAAAAUUACAUAAAAAGACACUUUGCAAAUGCGAGCAAUGCGGAAGAAUUGACGAAUAGUUUAAGACAAUUAACCUUAUUGUCGGCCGACUCCAUGGUAAACUUCAAAUCAAUUGCCAACAAAGGUUACAUUUCAAAUACUACCAGUAUUAAGCAGCUAAUAUUUCAGCUAAUCACUCCAUGUCAAAAAAUAUUCGAACGAUGCCAGUUUAAGACGGCAUACUACGAUUGUUGUGAGGGUUUCUUUCCCAUUUUCACCGAAAACGGAGUGUGCUACACUUUCAACUCGAGACACUACGAGCGGAAGGUUCCAUGGAGCAAUGAGGAAUUGCCACCAUUGAAUUUGCGAAAAAUUCUAGAAACCGACAUGAAGUGGUCGCUCAAAUUCGAAGUCUUGCAGACCGAGGAGGACAUAAAGUUCCCCGUAUAUAUACACGACUCUAACGAAAUUCCUGGCUUAGACAUGCAACCACAGAUCAUUUGGAAUUUCAAGGUUGACAAAGUCGCGUUCUCGAUGAAACAGACUUACACCACCGACGACACGCGACAAUUGUCAAUCAGACAACGACACUGUAUAUUUUCGGAUGAGGUUAAAUUAAAGAUCGAUCACAUGUACACUUACACUGCCUGCACGCGACAGUGCCGAAUGGAGAAUGCAAAAAAGUUUUGCGGGUGCGUGCCGCACUUUUAUGCAGAAAUGGGCCAGUUCAGGCAUUGUAAAAUCAAUGAACUUGCUUGUAUCGCCGAUAAUAUUAACGAUAUAAAAUCCACCGAGAGAUGCCCGUGCAAGUUGGGGUGCUACAACACGGUAUAUGACGUAGAAAAGUUUAUUGUGCAUAACACCGAGGACGGCGAAGACAAUAGGAGGAGAGAGUUGGAAGUUGAAUUUGUCUCUUGGCCAAUGGUUCGUUACAAACGGGAAGUUCUUUUCGGAUGGGUCGAUUUACUUGUGUCUUUCGGCGGCAUCGCGGGGCUCUUCUUGGGCUUCAGUUUAUUAUCCGGCGUUGAACUUAUUUACUACUUCACCAUGCGAGCUUGCUGCAUGAUUUACCGUGAGCCGAGAGAAUUAGAAAGACUUCAGAGACAAGAGAUAGUUAAACCCAAGCCUAAUUAUGAUUUAAGCUUAAUCCCUUACUUUGUAAAACCGCCAUCGCCUAGUAGCGGAAUCGGCAUUGUGGCCGGAAACCACUAUGGCAAUAAUUUGAAGCUGUACACAAAGCAGAAGGUUCAGCCUAUCAAGAGGGAAAGCAUUAAGAAACCGGGAAAAGGUAUCCAGGCGCCUUUCGGCAUUGAAUUUCUACCGUAAACUUCUAAAUGAAUUUAUUGACAAAAGUUUAAGUACAAGUUGUUAAAUUGUGUGUGUAAUUCAUACUUCUUCGCUAUUUACAAUCUAGAAACAGAAGGAGCUAAUUAACUAUCAAGCUGUCUAAAGAACAUAGAUCCCUCUCACUUCUUGUAGGUACGGCAUAAUCAGUUCAUUGUACUUGGACAGUACUUCAUUCAGUAUAAGUAAUAUAAAA